AUGAGAGUGGAGCCAGAUUGCAUCUAUGGGAUGGAUGAGAGCGGCUUCCCGACAGGAUACACAGGCAAGGAAAGAGUGGUGGGCACGAGGGGGACAAAAACUCAGCACAAGCAGGGUGGUGCAAGUCGGCAGAACAUCACCACACUGGUGACAAUUCGUGGGGAUGGAAAGAUGGUCGUGCCGCCGAUGGUGAUCUUCCCAGGUGCCAAUUUCCAGUCUUCAUGGAACAAGGGUAACACUAUCAACGCCUUUAUCUCUCGUUCUCUCAGUGGCUGGACUGACCACGACCUUGGAUAUGAAUGGCUUUCGAAGGUUUUUGAGCCCUCAACUGGGGCAAAUGGGAGAACACGAGUGCUCCUGCUCGACGGUCACAGCUCACACUACAGUGAGAAGUUCCUUGCCUUUGCCCGUGAACACAAGAUUGUCCUCCUUGGGUAUCCACCCCACUGCACCCAUCGACUCCAAGGCCUUGAUGUCUGCGAUGUGGCAAAGGCAGACUUCAUGACGGUUUGGGCUCCAGCCUACAAGGAAGCGUUGAUGAGGAAACAGUGCGAGCAGCAUUUCGAGUUACAGGAAUCGUACCAUUCAACCCCGACUUCGUCACUGCUGAAGACAUGGCACCCACCCCGUCCGCCGUAUCACCCAGGCCAUGGCUUUGCACCACCAACACGCCUGGAGCAAAGCGCAGGCUUGCUCGAUCCUCCAUCCCCGUGUACCCCUGCGCGUUGUCUGGGAGACGAUGACAAUCACAACAAAAAUGGCAGCCCAACCCUGUGGACUCCAUCAAAGAAGAUGCGGUCCUUGUAUGCGCACUUGGGAGCCUCAUCGUCUGGUUCACUACUGCUGAGCACGCCCAAGAUCACUUCCCGCACUAAUCCCAUCUCCGAGCCGGUCAUUGAGUCCAUGCCUAGAUCGCUACUGGCACCCGAUUGGUCGUUGGCUGGUCCAAGUUUGGGAGAUAGCAGCUGGAAGUCAAGGGUUCAAGCAUUGAACACAGAGAAGGAGAACAAGAACGCAGAGAGGGAGAAGCGGAAGGCAAUGCGGAAGGAUAAGAGGACUGCAAAAGCUGCGCUCGAGGAGGAGUGGGCCGGGAUCAAGAAGGAUCAUGCAGCCAAGGUGGCAGCAUGGGAGCAGAAAUGCACGGAUUUGAAGCAGACGGGAUUCAAGAAGAAAGACCUGCCACCAAACCCAAGUGCCCGCCCAAGCCACGGCUGCCAGAGGACGGGGAUGACGACGAGGACGAGGAUGACGAACAAGAUCAAGCUGACGAAGCGUGACAUCCACUCAUGCCUAAACGUGACAAAUUGA